UUGGACCUUAGGUGGGCCUGAAGAAUUUGUAGGUGGGUAACCAGUGUGUACCAGAAAGUUCUAUUCAGAACUACUUAGUGCUUUGAUGUUUCUAUUCUUCUGUACAUAUUCUAAGUAAAGGUAAAAAGACAUUCAAGGGUCAGGAAACAUCUGGCCUCUUUUUUUAAAUAACCACUGAAAAAAUUAAUGUAUCUCCUGUUUCGUAACCUGAGGCAUAUAAGGAACAUGAUUGUGGAAAUAGGCUGCAUUGUCACAAAUGCAUAAGAGACCUAUUAAGAUAGGAAGGGCUACAAAGUUUAAGAGUUUUUUCUGUUUUUUGAAAAUAACAAAAUCAUGCAAUCUACUUAUUUUAUAUCUAGGAGGAACUCUUGGAAUUCAUUGGCAUUCAAAUUCAAACACGAGUCUAAUGCUACAGCAGAGAGAGAGAAAGGAGAGAGAAACUAAUGAACAGUCUUUUUUUCACAGCUAUCAGUUUCUUUCACUAAGCCUUCCGAAACCUGAGCCUCUGCAGAAGACUAAACCCUUGGGCCUUACCUUCAGAAAUGGACAGAAGCUUGUACACUCUCAUUUUCGAGAACCCGAAAAAUGUUUUUAAAGGAAGGAGUCAACUUUGGCUUUGAGUGUUUGGCCUGGGUACAAUGCCUUUAAAAAGCAGAUGACCAGCUUAGCUACUGACCAUGCUGACCAUUGUUCAGAAUUGGAUCACAUUACACAAAAACAGCGAAUGGCCUUCUCUUAUAAAAUAUCAGAACAGAGCACAAUUCCUGAACACAUUUUGCAGAGCUCCUUUCAUCACUUAAUCUCUGCUAACUGGUCGGGAUUACAGACAGAAUCGAUACCAGAGGAAAUGAAACAGAUUGGUGAGCAACAGGGAAAUAAACCGCGCUGGGCAGCUCUUCUGAUAUUCAUGGUGAUAAUACCCACAAUUGGUGGGAACGUCCUGGUUAUUCUGGCUGUUUCACUGGAGAAAAAGCUGCAGUAUGCUACCAAUUAUUUUCUAAUGUCUCUGGCAGUGGCUGAUUUGCUGGUUGGGUUGUUUGUGAUGCCGAUUGCCCUCUUGACAAUAAUGUUUGAGGCUAUGUGGCCCCUCCCACUUGUUCUAUGUCCUGCCUGGUUAUUUCUUGACGUUCUUUUUUCUACUGCAUCCAUCAUGCAUCUCUGUGCCAUUUCCGUGGAUCGCUAUAUAGCCAUCAAAAAGCCAAUCCAGGCCAAUCAAUAUAACUCACGAGCCACAGCAUUCAUCAAGAUUACAGUGGUAUGGUUAAUUUCAAUAGGCAUUGCCAUUCCAGUACCUAUUAGAGGGAUAGAAACUGAUGUGAGUAACCCAAGCAACAUCACCUGUGUGCUGACAAAGGAUCGUUUCGGCAACUUCAUGCUCUUUGGCUCACUGGCUGCUUUCUUCACACCUCUGGCAAUCAUGAUUGUCACCUACUUUCUCACUAUCCAUGCUUUACAGAAGAAAGCUUACUUGGUCAAAACCAAGCCACCUCAACGCCUAACGUGGCUGGCUGUGUCUACAGUUUUCCAAAGGGAUGAAACACCUUGCUCAUCACCUGAAAAGGUGGCAAUGCUGGAUGGUUCCAACAAGGACAAAACUCUGCCCAACUCAAGUGAUAACAUACUUAGGCGAAGAAUGUCCACAGUUGGAAAAAAGUCCGUGCAGACCAUUUCCAAUGAGCAGAGAGCCUCCAAGGUUCUAGGGAUUGUUUUUUUUCUCUUUUUGCUUAUGUGGUGCCCCUUUUUUAUUACAAAUAUAACUUUAGUUUUAUGUGAUUCCUGCAACCAGACUACUCUCAAAAUGCUCCUAGAGGUAUUUGUGUGGAUAGGCUAUGUUUCCUCAGGGGUGAAUCCUUUGGUCUACACCCUCUUCAAUAAGACAUUUCGGAAUGCAUUUGGCCGAUACAUCACCUGCAAUUACCAGGCCACAAAAUCAGUGAAAACUAUCAGAAAAUGCUCCAGCAAUAUCUACUUCCGAAAUCCAAUGGCAGAGAACUCUAAGUUUUUCAUGAAACAUGGAAUGCGAAAUGGGAUUAAUCCUGCCAUGUACCAGAGCCCAAUGAGGCUCCGCAGUUCAAACAUUCAGGCUUCCUCAAUCAUUCUACUAGAUACACUUCUCCUCACAGAAAAUGAAGGUGACAAAACUGAAGAGCAAGUCAGUUAUGUAUAGAAGGAAUGUCAGUUUUCAUCUAAAUAAUAUAACGAUGAGUAAGGUAAUUAAGCAGAUAUAAAUGUACCAAGAAUUAUAUAAAGAAGAACUUUAUGUCAUGUAUCAAAUCAUCUCUUUAAAAUAGGAGCUAUCUAUUAAGAUUAUAUAAUUUUCUUUAUUUGGACAAAACUACUCCAUGAAAAAAAUCAUUUUGUACAGCUGCAAACAAAAAUAAUCCAGCAGUCUGUCUAAAUGUUAAGGUAUUCAAAUGAAAUAAAAUUAAGUAAAUCAAUAAGUUUCAGUCUUAAAAAUAAAGAGUCAUUGUAAGAAUUUGUUUAGUUCCUAACUGUAUGCAAAGCUGUGCUAAGAAUGAAAUAAAACAAGACAAAAAAGCCUUAAGUUCUUCAAAGCCUUAAAAACAUAAGGCAUAACACAGAACAACAGUAACAGGAACAGAAGACUAAAAGUAAGUGCAUAAAAUGAUCGCAUCUGGAGGUAAGCUAAGACUAUCAUUACAAUCUGGCUCAGUUAAAUGUAGUCAAGAUUUUGCUUUGAUCAAGAAACUUGUCUUGAUGGAAGGGGUAGGGAGGAUAGUAGUUGGAUAUCACACAAAGUAAUAGGAUCUCGGAACCAGAGCUGUUUGUUAAAUGGCUGAUACCAGGUAUCUACUCAUCAGAUGUGGGUCUAACUUAGAAAAGGAGAGGAAGCAAAUGAAAUCACUCCUGGGUACCUGAAAUUAAUUUUGUUCCUUAAAGAACAAGUGCAAACUGGAGCCACAGGAUCUCGAUCCAGGAACCUAAACUUUAAUGACCCCAUAAUGACCCAAAAACUUGAUUGAACUUCUGGCACAACAUUUUUUAUUCAUCCUUUCCUUAUUUCACUUUGCACUGCUAGAUCUGGGACUAAAUCCAAACUGUGUUCACCAGCUAACUGACUACAUUUAUGAAAGAUACUUAAUUUCUCUGACCCUCAGUUUUCUCAUCUACAUAGGGUUCUUAUGAGGCUGAGUACAUGCGGGCAGUCUGUAUUGGUAGCCAAUUCUAUUUACAUCUGAUAUUUUAUUGUUAUGCUACUGCCAUAAAUGGUGAACAAAUUUAGGCUGAGGGGGUCUGCAGUGAAGACAGCCCAUAUCUUAGCUUUUCCUUUUCAGGCUGACCCAUUCUUAUGUCUUCACCUAUUGCUCUAGUGCUGUCCCUCUCCAGGUGAUUAAGUUUAAGAAAAUUAUUUCAAGAAAUGUGUUGGCUAUGGAGCUCAGCAUAAGUGAACCAGGUAUGUAUUCUCCAAAUGGCAGAAUCCUUUCCUAGAACAUAGUUAGAACAUAGACCUUAUGGACUCUAUGUCACCUGCCAGAAAGAGUAUAACCCACAAAUUUAAUCCCUAAAUCUCAAAGCUUUAGGCACUUUCCCCCACCAGUCUAAGAUUUUUCAGCAGCAUGAAGGGUGGCCCAGUUCAGAUAGGCAAAAUAAUUUACGCUCAUGAAAAAAAAAAUUAUCCAUUUUGGUUCUAGUCUCUAAUAUGAUGGGUUUGACUUUUAUUAAGAUUUAUAUUCUUGCCAAGUCACAUAAGAUUAAGUUUUCUGAUGUCACUUUAAUAGUAUUCCAAACCGCAUCUUAUAUAUCUGAAGGCAUAUAUAAUUGUUUCAGAAGUCUAAAUACUAGAGAUGGCACGCACACUACCAAACUCUACCCCGAGACAAACUAGAGUAAACAGACUACCUUCUCACAUGCUCUAUACUGCCUCCAAAUUGGUGUAUGUGCUUAAACAUACACAUACCUACAAAAUUAACUAUAUGACCCUUAAACUAGUCAGCGUCAA